AAACAGGGAAAUUACAGGCAGUUGAUAGCAUUUCUUUUAGAAUUUUUUUUUUCCCGAUUUUCUUUAAUGCAACGUUUUCAGAUACAAAUAGAGCUAACGAAGAAGCUAAGAAGACUACAAGACUUAUUAGACUGUUGUCAUAUGCGUAAGGAAUACUUUUUUGGGUUUUUUCAAAUCUAGCUAGCCCGGACAUCUCCGGCUGCUGAAUCUGUCCCAUAUUUGAAGGUUUCAUGUCAAACUGCGCCUCGACCACUCAGCGUGUUUGGCAUUAAAAAGUUAAUUUCACGAUGCUAGGCACCUGCGUUGCUCCGCAGAGUGUCGGCAGACAGUAAUGUUUAGGCUGACUGGUCUUUUCAGAGUUGCAUGCAGGACCUUUUGUAGCACCGCCGACGACAUGGCGAAGGGGAAGUUUUUCUACGCAGUUAAGAAAGGACACACACCGGGAGUGUACACUUCAUGGGACGAGUGUAAGAGCCAAGUGGACAAAUUUCCAUCUGCCUCUUUUAAGAAGUUUGCCUCAGAGCGAGACGCCUGGGCGUUCGUCAGAGGCAUCGAGCCUUCUGCAGUUCCAGAGGUGAAGAAAGUAACUCAGAGUGUGGCGUCAGACGUCACCCUGCUUCCUAAACGAGGCCCGGAGCCGCUCGAGUACAUCCCCCUUGGCAAGAAGAGAUGCCACCCAGACGGGGAGGCGGGGCAUCCGCCCAAACGAGUCAAAGCAUCAGAAAGCUCGUCAUCGGAAAGCUCAGACAGAUUCACGUACAUGGGUGACGCUGUGGUCGUUUACACUGACGGCUGCUGCUCGGCAAACGGACAGCGCGGAGCCCGGGCCGGCAUCGGCGUCUACUGGGGAGUCAACCACCCGCUAAAUGUUGCAGAGAGGCUGCAGGGAAGACAGACCAACCAGCGCGCAGAGAUACAAGCAGCCUGCAGAGCGCUGGAACAGGCCAAAGAGAAUAACAUCGAGAAGCUGGUUUUAUACACCGACAGCAAAUUUACGAUCAACGGUGUGACCAGCUGGGUGAAGAACUGGAAGCUGAACGGCUGGCGGUUGAAAUCUGGAGGUCAGAUCACCAACAAAGAAGACUUUGUGAAGCUGGACAGACUGAAUGGACAGCUGGAGGUGGUCUGGAUGCACAUUCCCGGUCACGCCGGCUACAAAGGCAACGAGGAGGCCGACAGGCUGUCGAGAGAAGGAGCAGCGAAGCCUCUGCAGCCGGAGCACUGAGAAAAAGAUGAGCACAAUUAAAGAAAUCUGCUGCAGGACUGUUUAAUGCUCCUCUUUAGUUCAUAAGCUUUGAAAAAGGGGGUUUGUUUUUCCUCUCAGCGCCACUUAUAACUAAACUGAAACUUGAAGAUGGGAGGAGGGUCUGUGUUGGUCUUUUUUUUUAAUUUAAUUGUAAAUUUUGAUUUGUUUCUUCUCUGAAUAAAGAAUUUAAGCUUCA